AUGGUGGGGUUCUUUUCCAUGUUGAAGUAUGUAUUUGCCACUGCGUCUGCUCCUAUACGCCAUGCCUACUUGCCUCCUCCCCCUUACUUCUCCUGUAAUGGUCGUUGCCUCCUUGUUGAAAGGAGUCGAGAGCGGGCACUUUGGGUACAUCGAUUCGCUUUGAAUUGACUUGGAAAAGGGGAAGAACAGAGAAAGGAAGAGACGGGCGAAGAGGGAGGAAGAAGGCGAGGAAAAGAGAAUAGAAGAGAGGGGCGAAGAGGGAGGAAGAAGGCGAAGAAACGAGAAAAGAAGAGAGGGAACGAAGAGGGAGGAAGAAGGGGGGGGGGAAGGGAAGGAGUUUUCAUAACAGGAUUUGUACUGACCAAGUUUUGAUUAGCACGUUGGUGUCGCUCGCGUAUCCAAUUAUCGCUUCAUGUCGAGCAUUUGAAGACUAUACCCGCGUUUCCAACUCGAUUGCUUCACAAACGUUUAAAAUUGGAGGCAUCUCGGUUCCGUUGAACUUGAUAUACAACACCGGCAACAAACUCGAUGGCGAGGACGAGAGGAAAUUACAAGUGCAUUUGAUCACGAUUCAAAAAUGGUUUAUUUAUUGGAUUGUGCUAGGAUGCGUUAGCUUUUUGGAAAGUUGGUUGCAAGUAGUCAUAUUCUUGUUGCCUGGCUACUCGAUUGUACGAUUGGUGUUUAGUAUUUGGUUGAUUUCACCGAUGAUUUCCCUAGAUUGGGAUCACGAGCAGGCCAACGCUGCCACUUUUGACCAAACUUUGGAAUGGAAGAAGUUCACCAAUGGAGGUGCUGGAUUGUUAUUCUUUGCCUACAUCAAGCCAUGGUUGGAGAAGAAUAUAGACUUGGUGAGGAAAGUUUCCAUCAAUCCACUUGCUAUCUUGCAGUUUAUGAAAAUCGGAACCAUUUUGGACAUGUUUGAUCUAAACAGGACAGAAAAAAAGACGACUUUGACUAAUGCUGGUUUUGGUGGUGUUGGCAGCGGCAGUGGUACUACUGGUACUACUACUAACAUUAGUGGUGUUGGCGGUAGUGGUAGUGGUGGUGCUGGUGUUGUUGACUAUGCCAAUGUCUUGGACAAUUCGUUUGUAAUGGUUAUGAACUUGAAGAAUCGAUUUGCUGGCAACUCGGGCGACAAUGUCGAGACCAAAGAGGUUUCAUCAGUCAAGUCAAUGGAAGAGUUUGACGUUGUCGAUGUUGAAAAGGAGCCCACAGUGGCGGAGAAGGAAACAUCUUCACAAGAAGGCACACCCAAGAGAAGAGGCUAUUUCUGGUAG